AUGAGGACAUCUAAGGCGUCAGAUUUACCUAUUGAUAUUCUGCUGUCGAUAUUUAACCACCUUGAUAAACGCACCACCGACACCCUCACCGAUAAAUAUCGGAAAUUGAACUACCAGCUAUCAGCCGUCAACAAACAUUGGAGUGAAGCGCUCACACAUUCACAUAUCUACUCAUCGGCCGUACUCAAACUCCAGAAUGACGUGGAUGCCCAGAGACUGAAGUCAUGGAUGGCUUCACCGCGCCUCAAGUCUAAGAAGACUGGACAGAUAUUCUUGAUAAUCGAGAAUAAGGACAUUUACAACAAACUAUGCGAGGAUAGCUACGGCUUGGUUGAUUUGAAUGUUUCAAGAUUUAGCGUUGUAUAUCACAUCAACACGAGAGAGGUCACACUGCCACGCAAUCUUAACGCCAAAUACUUAUUCAUUAACGGAGGCGAUCAGGAGGCUAUUUUACGCCCAGCCUGCUUUUCAAAAGAACUUCGCAGCAGUCUGAAACACAUAAUGCUAAAUAAUGUCUCUUUCGAGUUUUUCACUGGGCUUGAUAUGCUCAACUUCUGCUUCGAAAAGGUACAGAGCUUUGUUUACGACUUGAGUAUUGAGUGGGUACGCGGACCAUCAACGCUGGCGUUCAUACUCCGCCUCAUGCCAAAUUUAAAGCUUCUCAAAGUAGAUGCUCGUGAGCAGCGGAUAACAAGAUCUCCAAGAGAGUAUCGUGAAGUAAACCUACCAGAUUCAAUGGACAGACUUGAAAGCCUAACGCUCAAUCGCAUUUACGCAGACAUCAGCAAUUGUCGAUUAGCGAAACUUCGGAACUUGUGUUAUUGGGGAUUUGCCGAUAUUUCUCAAUGGCACGGAUUAGGAGAUCAAUUAAGAAACGUUCAGCUGCCUAGGUCAGUUUUCUCAGCUGAUCAUGAUAUUUUUGCGCCUGAGUUUCUCAGCAAGCUCAAGAAUGUGCGCAAAUUCAGCAUAGAAGGAUAUUACUCGCCUGUUUUCUCAGAUAUGUUCAACAAAGGCCAUUUCGACUUUGCUAUGCCACUACUGGAGGAGCUAAACAUCUGUAGCAGACGCCACAACAUUAAGUUGGUAGCUUUGAACAGAUUUAUUAACUUACAUUCAAAAUUGCACACAGUCAUUGCUUUGAAAUGUAACGAAUUACUCCCAAGUAAAAUUUCAGCAAAUCUAGAGAACUUUGUCGCACAAGAUGACGAUAUACUAAGUAUUUACGACGACAUAGAGUAUACCGAGAUAUUUGAAGCUACCGAGCUUCUCGAUUUGGAUAUGAAUGACGAGUUUGAUGAGUACGAAAGGUACAAUGAGUGGUAUAGGGGGUGUGAUGGUUUGGGUUUGUUUUAA